ACAAACAAUGCCACCUUCACCUUCACACCGACCACUCAACCGCACGAGAACCGUUCGCUACCGUACCGCCAACACCGCUGCAGCUUCACAUACACGCUGACGCCCCUAAACGCGCACAACCUUUCACAGUCUCCACUCGCGCCACACCAUGUCUGACGACGAUGAUUUCAUGCAAGAUUCUGGGGAGGAGGAGUAUGACUUUGAAUAUGAGGACGAUGACGACGAGCAGAACGGCGAUGUAGAUAUCGAGAACAAGUACUACAACGCGAAGCAGCUGAAGGUUGAUGAUCCGGAGUUGGCCAUAGACGAGUUCCUGGGAAUGCCCGCGCUGGAGGAAGAGAAGUCAGACUGGGGAUUUAAAGGUUUAAAGCAGGCCAUCAAGCUCGAGUUCAAGCUGGGGCGGUACGAUCAGGCUGUCGAACACUACAAAGAGCUUCUCACCUACGUCAAGUCUGCCGUUACACGUAACUAUUCCGAAAAGUCCAUCAACAAUAUGCUCGACUUCAUCGAGAAGGCCGCCGAGGAUGCUGAAGCGUACCGUUGCAUGGAGAAGUUCUACGCAUUGACCCUCGACAUCUUCCAGAGCACCAACAACGAACGACUAUGGCUCAAGACAAACAUUAAGCUUGCAAGGCUGUGGUUGGAUAGGAAGGACUACCGCCAGUUGACAGAGAAGCUCCGCGAGUUGCACAAGGCAUGUCAGAAGGAGGAUGGUACAGACGACCCAAGCAAAGGCACAUACUCAUUGGAGGUGUACUCGCUGGAGAUCCUUAUGUAUGCGGAAACCAGGAACAACAAGCGCUUGAAGGUACUGUACCAGCGAGCGCUUAAAGUCAAAUCUGCCGUUCCGCAUCCCAAGAUCAUGGGUAUCAUCCGAGAAUGUGGUGGCAAGAUGCACAUGAGCGAAGAGAACUGGAAGGGGGCGCAGAGUGACUUCUUCGAGAGUUUCAAAAACUAUGACGAGGCUGGAUCGUUGCAGCGGAUCCAGGUGCUGAAGUAUCUGGUUCUUGCAACCAUGCUGUCGGGUUCCGACAUCAACCCGUUUGACUCACAGGAGACCAAGCCCUACCAGAACGAUCCCCGCAUCUCGACCAUGACUGACCUUGUCAACGCCUAUCAGCGUGAGGACAUCCAUGAGUAUGAGAAGAUCCUGCAGAACAAUCAGGAUCUGCUCCAAGACCCGUUCAUCGCCGAGAACAUUGAUGAAGUCACGCGCAAUGUACGCACUAAAGCCGUCAUCAAGCUUGUUGCGCCCUACACACGGUUCACGUUGGCGUUCAUCUCGAAGCAACUCAAGAUCUCCCUUCCCGAGGUCCAGGAAAUUGUGGGAUUCUUGAUCGUUGACAAGCGGUUGCACGGUAAGAUCAACCAGCAGAACGGAACGGUGGAGGUCGAGAGUAGUACCGACAUGGACCGGGUACAGGCGAUGAAGGAGUGGAGCAACGCCAUUGGAUCGCUGUGGCAGACGGUUCUGAACGACGGGGAUGGCUUCAAGUCGGACGAGAGCGGCUCACAAUUCGCCACUACCCCAGGUGAGAGCGGAGGCCAGCGUGCGCCCUGGAACAUGAAUGGCUUGGGAUCUAAAUCAGGGCGACCGAAAGGCAAGGGCCCCGCGGGACGCUUGGGAGUCUCGAGCAAAGGAUGACCUGCAGGCACCGGUCUGUGAGCGGUUCACAGGACGACCUGUGUCUGGGUAUUCGGGAAGACCACGGGAUAUCGCCAGUUACACAUUACCGUCACUGAGGGCUUCGCUCACCUGAACCAUUGAAACAUGCGGCUUGGUUCCCCAGAAGCAGAGAACAGGGUUGGCCCAGCAGGUAGCACAAGGCGAAAGUACCCCCACCUAAGCAGCGAUUCACAAGCGGGCGUCUCAGCAGAGGCGGACAUGUUCGGGUGCACCUGCGCGCCUCUACCCCAUUCGGUCAGCAGCGAGCUUCUGUAUGUAACAUCGGCCUCGUUUUCUCAAGUAACCAG